CACGGUUUGACAAUUUUAUUAUCGAUUGUGUUUGGUCGUUUAAAGUGCAUAGAAAACGAAGUUAAUUCAUAAAAUUAUCCGGAAGCAGUUAUAGAUAUAUUUAAACAAGCUUUUUUGUUUUUCUUGUGCAUUUGGGUUAAUUUUGAUAUAAAGUUAAAACCUAAGUACUGAAGUUGAAUUAUAAUUACAAAAAAAGUGGACUAAACAGCGGCGAUAAUUUAGAAUGGUGAGAAUAUCCAAGCAAGGUAUACCAGCGGAAAGGCAAAGAGACCAAAAACGCAUAUAAAAAAAACACAAAAAAGCAAAAAGGAAAGGGACUUUUCAGGCGUCGUCGUCGUCGUUUUCUUGGUAUACAGAUUUGUAUUGCAAGCGGUAUAAAACUCUGAAUACAUUACAAACAUUUUGGAUUUGAAAAUUUUUAUUACACUGAUACAUAUAAUACAGAAGUAAAUUAAAUUGUGCACAAGCUUUCCCACAAUCUAAAUUAAAAAUUUCACAAUGACCAACAUGGAGAAGCAACAUGAAAUGGUAAAACGCAGUCUGGUGCAAUUCAUUAGUGCCCACAUUCCAGGUGCAGAUUUUAGUGUAGUGGACGAAAUAGUUUUGCAGUAUAUUAUUUCCAUUUUGGAGGAAGCUUCACAAGAUCCAUGUUUCGAUGUUGAGGAUUUCGUUGAAAUGAUGGGCGCUUAUUUUGCCGAGUUUUCCUCAAUUGACCAGGGUAUUAUUUGCGAAUGGAUAUAUAAAUUGGCAAAUGAAUUGAACGAAAUGGAAAAGAAUCAAGGAAAUCAAAGUUCUACAAAUUUAUCUUUGAAUUCUUUGAGUCUUUCUGAUAUUAUACCCGAAUCAAAGUUACGUGCACGUAAUGCUUCCAUUUCUGAAAAGGACGAACACGCCAUAAAUGGCAGCUGCGCAGGUGGGGCCGGGCCCAAGCGCGCACAGCAUUUAUCAGAAACUAGUGAUGGUGGUUCUACUGAUAGCUCAACUUGCGAUUAUUAUUUGGAUGAAGCCGAGGUUUUGCAAGAAAUGUUUCCAGACACAGCCUAUGUAGAGGUAAAACAUUGCAUUGCCAUAGCUAAAGGGGAUAUUGACAGCGCAACUCAAAUUCUAUUGCACCGCCAAGAGACUGGCCAAAGUUUGACCGACAAAUCCAUUACAAUUACUGGACGUAAAAAUAUUGUUGUAGAUGACGCCGAACUAAAAAAUCGUAUUAUUGAGAGAUACUCAUAUGUUGAUAAAAAUGCCACUCAGCGUGAAUAUAAGCCAAUGGUACCGAAAUUCGAACCAAAGAAAUUGGUUCGCUAUAGAGAUAACAAGAUUGUUUCAUUGAAAGGCGAACGUUAUACUGAAGUUAAGCGCGACGAGGAAGCUGAGUUAAAAAAACCCAAAAAGCAACUUCAACCGUAACUAAAGUUGUUGAAAUCCUGCUAUAAGUAUUUUAUAAAAAAGUUAAAACUGCUAAAACAACAACAAAAGCAACCACUUGACGAAUAUAACAAGCAACCGCUUCGACAUUUAAAUCACCAUUUGAUAUUAAAAAAUUUGAAACAAAUUAUCACUACUAUAUCACUGAUAAUUGCACAUAAAAACGAACACACACUACCAAUAACACUCAAACAACUGCAUACGCUAAAAGGAACUAAACUAUUGGUUGAAAUACUUGAAAUCUCAACGACGAUUCAUGAAAACCAACAAGUUACAAAUUUUGCUAUUACAGCAACAAUUCUAAUAUUGAAGUUAUUAAUCUCCAAAAGUACAUUGCUCCCUAAGCGAUUUGCAAUUUUCAAAGCGCUCGAAUACCAAUGUAAAACUAACUCCAAUUCCGUAUUCCCAAGCGCUUAUAAUACGACAGCGAAGUGCAUUUCUAAUUUAGACUCUAGAUGUGAAACUUUUGUGAUUUCCAAUACUAGGAUAAUUGAAUAUUUAUUGUACACUAAAUCUCACGGCCAUACGAAUUUUGUGUACCGCUGCAGCUAUUUAUCCAAUAUUUUACAGCGUAAAAGUCAAAAUAGUUUUAUUAUAUUUAUUUGUAAUAUUACGUUUAUUUUUUAUUUAAUUUUUAUUUUAUUUAUUGAAUUAGCGUGGAACGCUUUACAAAUAUCCUAUAAUUAUUUAGUAAUAUUUAUUGUUUUUGGAAAGCUACAACAAGAACAUAAAAUUAGUGGUAAUUUAAAAUUUUUAUGAGUUAAUAUUUUGUUUCGAGAAAUAAGUUGAUUUUACAACUGUCGAUAUUUGCUACUACUAUUUAAUAGGAAAUUAUGACAGCGUCGGUACGCUGAUGGUUUUGCAUGGAGCUAGCAUUGUGAUAAAUGCUUAAGCGAAAAAGAGCAAACCAUCCGCAACAAAACUAUAUGUAUGUAUAUGUAAAGCUCGAGUCUGCUAAAUGAAAUUUGAAUUUAUUUCAUACCUGCGGUGCCUAAGUUCAAUUAAAUUCCGGCUCUUACGUGCAAUAGCGUGCUACUAGUGUGUAUAUGUUACAAAAUAUAUGAUUUAAUUAACAAUGGUAAAAAAAAUAAAUAAAUUAUAACAUAUAUUUAUUAACAAUUUAUUGUUAGCAGUUCAUGAAUUUCGAAUUAACUUUUCGCUAGCUAUUGUCUGAAGCCUACAGUUAAUUUCUUUUGCACUAAUCGGUUGAAGCAGCACUUACAUACAUAUGUAGAUAGAAAAUACGACCGAUAGACAUGUCUUAAAGACGCACGAGCUCAAAUAGACUUAUGAAUUUACCUAUAGCUAUGUUUAUAAUGCAAAUAUAGUAAUUUUUCAAGAUGAUGUUUUAUACUGUAUUUUAAUGUGUAAUUGAAUUGAAUGAUCGAAGUGUUAACAAAAUAUGGAUGAAAGUGCGAAGUGCGAAAAGAGUUAAAAUACGAACGAUUUUGAAAAAGACAUGCCAUACAUAUACAUUAAUUAACAUUCGUAAAUCUACGCUUAAACUCGUUUUUUUUUUUUGAUUUAUUUUAUUGUUAUUUUAUUCUAUGUUAUUGCAAUAGAAUUUUAACUUUUCAUUUUGAAGUUAUUACUUUUUGAAAGGCGCAUGCUAAAUAACACACAAAAAGCGUUAUUAUUUAAGCUAACUCAGUUGACAUUUUCAAAAUUGUUGAAAAUUGGAAAUGUCACACAGAGCCUUUCUGAAUUCUAACCUCUAUAUGUAAUUGAACUGAAUUGUUUGAUUUGCACUUAUUUUACUUU